UUUAUGUAUUUAACAUUACAGUACUUCAGAAUUGCAUUAAAAUAAAAAUUUGCCGAUUAUUCAAGUUAAAGAAAACUCAGCAACAUGGGAAAGGGAACAAUGGCAAAGAUAUUUUUUUGGACAAAAGGGGAGCGGGUGAGACAGUUGGACAUUCAAGAUGUCAACAACAUAAAAAAUGAGGAUAAUUUUCCAGACCGCAUGGAGGCGCAGUUGCGCAAUUUGGAAAAUAAUCCUCACCCAGACCAAGAAACUUUUGAUGGUCCGUUUCAAGAUGAUUUCAAUGAGAGUUUCGAUGUUUACAGAGGUAUGUGGUGUACUGGAAAAACAUGCAGUACUGGAAGGAAAUUUCGUGUGUAUGAUCGUGAGUUUAACGCAGCUCUUCUCGGAAACAAACAAAUAAAUGUUUGGUUAAUUGAAUAAACUUCUUCCGGGCGAGAUAAACAGCAAACUUCUUCCAAGCAAUAAAAAUAAGGAAGAGUCACCAAUUUAUCAAUCCAAUUAAUCAUCUGUAGAUGGGCUGAUUUUAUAUAUAAUCAUUUGCGAAAUUAUAUUUUGAGAAUUUGUAUUAGUAGGGUGGGGGAAGGCGGGACAUCUUUAGCACAUAAUAUCC